AAAGACUGUGUUGUCAAGCGUUGCUAAGGAAGUCACCGUGCUAAUUAUAAAAGAAGCCACUCUGAAAUACAACUACAGUGAAACCAGAGAUGUCUGUCAGUAAGCAAUGAAAGAUCUUCAUCCACCAGACCACAGCUGGUCUCAGGCAUGACGAGAGGAUGACUGAGAAUGGAGAGGACAGCGGCCUCGGUCAGCCCUGUGAAGCUCCCGCCAAAGGAGAUUCAAUCGUCAAUGAAAGCAGGACACUCAAGACUCUCUUAGUUGACGUCAAAACCUGCAAGGAACAAAAUGAUGCCGUUAAACACUCCCAGAUAACCAGAAACACAGAGGGUGAGAUCAUACCUUAUCAGCCCCGGCCACCGUCAUUACCCAGGCUGUCGAAGGGCAGUAGGAGUGUCUCAUUGGAGGAGACUGUGAGAACCAGGAGGCUGAGAAACAGCCAGGAGAGUCUGAGUGACUCACCUGACAACGGCUCCUCCACAGACUCCCUUAAAGAGGACCAAGCUGUUGUCCUCAGUGGUGCUGCCACCCUCAGGAACGAGCAGGCCUCUAAUGUGGGACGCCUCCCUGCUGCUACGACGGACUCCCCAGUCUUCCGGGACAGAGGGAGCAGUCUCUCCGAGUACGAAAGGAGGCCCCACAGCCAGCAGAGCGACCCCACAGACCACAGGCUGAGGUCCACCAAGCUGCGUCUGUCUCCAGUGCAACCCACGGGGCCGCUGCCCGCUCUGGAGAGGAGCUUUGCCUCGGCCACUUUAAGGGCAGCUAAUAGGAUUGACAGGGAUUGUUUGGAUUAUGUCACGCUGGCCAAAGGGAAGCUCGGGGAGAGGCUGCACAGGAACCUAAGUGACAGUCGGCUUCUGGAGAACAUGGGGUCGGACAGCGCCUCUGUCAACUCCAUGAGGUCCACCUACAGCGUACUGAGCCCCAUCAGACCCCAGGACGUUAGGAACAGGAGUUUUCUGGAGGGCAGCGUGCUGGGAAACGGCGCCCUGCUGGGGGCCGAGGAGCUGGACCGCUACUUCCCCGACAGGCGAGUGGGGAUCUACAUCACCACAUGGAACAUGCAGGGGGAGAAGGGGAUACCGGCCAACUUAGACGACCUCCUGCUUCCGACAGACUCUGAAUUUGCACAAGACUUUUAUAUUAUUGGGGUCCAGGAAGGUUGUCCUGACAGGAGGGAGUGGGAGAUCCGUCUUCAGGAGACUCUGGGCCCGUACUACGUCAUGCUAUACGCAGCAGCACACGGUGUUUUGUAUCUUACUGUAUUUGUCAGAAGAGACCUCAUCUGGUUCUGCUCAGAGGUGGAGCACGCCACAGUCACAACCAGGAUCAUCUCACAGAUCAAGACCAAAGGGGCCGUCGGAAUCGGCUUCACCUUUUUUGGCACUUCCUUCCUCUUCAUCACAUCCCAUUUUACCUCCGGAGACACCAAAGUUUACGAGAGAAUACUAGAUUACAACAAGAUCGUUGAAGCUUUAGCUCUUCCAAAAGGCCUUCCAGACACCAACCCUUACCGCUCAACAGCAUCUGACGUCACCACGAGAUUUGACCAGGUCUUCUGGUUUGGAGAUUUUAACUUUCGGCUUAGCAAGGAGCGGUGUGACGUGGACACCAUCAUGAACCAGACGGCAGGCGGCGAUAUGGCUCCUCUGCUGGAGCACGACCAGCUCUCCAAGGAAAUGAAGGAUGGUUCGAUCUUCAAAGGCUUCCAAGAAGCUCAAAUUAACUUCCCCCCAACGUAUAAAUUUGACAUCGGCUGUGAUAUCUACGACACUACUUCUAAACAGAGAACGCCUUCAUACACAGACAGGAUCCUCUUCAGGAACAGGCAGGCUGAUGACAUAAAGGUGGUCAAAUACACCAGCUGCACCAGCAUCAAGACGUCAGACCACCGGCCCGUCGUCGGUGUCUUCCAGGUCAAACUGAGGCCUGGCAGAGACAAUAUUCCCCUGGGUGCGGGGCAGUUCGACCGGAGCCUGUACUUGGAGGGCAUCAGGAGGAGGAUCACCAGAGAGCUGAAGCGAAGGGAGGCCAUGAAGAACCAAGGCAGCAGCACCAUCUGCACCAUCUCUUAAGCCCUGAAGAAGGUACUCUGCAGACCAGACCAGAUCGGACUGGACUGGAUCGAAACUGUGCCAGAAAACAGGCAGGUGGAUAAAAGAACCAAAAGGAAACCAGAGUUGUCUUAACCACACAGAGCCCGGUGCUGGUGGAGGAGCAGAGUGCGCCCUCUACUGGGAUCUGGUGUGAACUGGUGAAACGGGGUCGGGAGGAGCGGCUGGCUGGACUUGAGGGCAGGGACCUUGAGGUCAGACAGACGUUUGCAGACUCAGCAGUCUGGCCUUUAUUUAUACAGCCCCCCCACCUCCCCUCUACUCAAACAUGACUGGGACAGGGUGAAGAGGGGGGCUGCUCCCAUUGUGGCUUACUCCUCAGUCACAUGCUGCAAUGUGAUCUGAUUUAACCUUAAAGGCUCCGUUUCAUUUCUAAUUAUUUUUGUGUUUUAAAAAAGCAACAAAAAAAAGCAUCAUGACAUGAACCACAACGUCUUUUCUUAUAAUUAUAUAUAUAUAAUUUUCUUACAUCAGUAUUUUAAUGCCUUGUGAGUUUGUUCUCUAAUAGCGUACUAAAGAAAAAUAAUUAAAUGCAGUAAAGAUUCAUUUUGCAUUUUUAGGUCAUUGACUUGAAUUUAGUUUUAAGCCAAGUAUUUUGUAGGUGAAGGUACGACUGAGGUCAGAUGUUGAAUUUCAGGGAGAUUAAAUGUUGAGACUGAACUAAGAUGGAGCGUUUAUUAUUAAAAUACUGUCACUACUUUUUCUCUUAAUAAGCCAAGAAGUGAUCCUUCGCAGCAGACUGUAAACUCAAUGCCUUACCGCUCAUCUCACUGCUGUGUAACCUCACACACACUAAAACUGUCCCUGUACUGUACCACAUUAAUGAACGCUCACUUCUCAGCAUGAAGAGGCAGCUCUGGUCACUCCUCUGCUCUUAAAAACAAAAAAACAACAAAAAAAGUGCCUGUGGGUCUUGUUUUCAUUUCCUCGGGACUUCUUGUCUUU